CGGCGGAAUAAGUACGUUUGAGACACGAACACAUGGGAUCAUACCGCAGGCGGGGAUUCAAGUUAUCAAUACAGCUGUUUGUGGAUGGAUUUCGCCGAUGAGCAUCGUACUAUCACACAUAAUUUAAGUUUGGUUUCGCUCCUUCAGAGGUGAGCCAGGUUGCGGUGACAUGGUAAUAUUUUGUGAAUGGCACCGGAUUGCUUUGGACCAGAGGAGAAGCAGCAGUUUGCCAAUGACUGGUGAAGACACUGGUUUGGGGGCUUUGGCCUCACCACUGGCGGGGUAUUUGGGAAAAGUCAGUAGAGCUCAAGUUUUCCUCUCGCUGUUGUCACUUGCGCAAAGCUGAAUUAUAUUUGAAAAAUACUGUGACUGGGCAGUACCAAUCCAAAUCAAAGAAAAGAAAACACAAACGGAAAUCUUUAGUAAAAGGCGAAAGGUUUGGUUUGGCUGGAGGCCUGUAAUGAUGUUGAAUCUCAAAGAUUGUUAUCUAUAUAAUGAGGAAGUGUGUACUCAAUUAUUACCAUAUUCAUCUAUUUAGAAGAAAAUAAUGUUUUUCUAUUACAACUUAUUUUAAAGUUUCAGGUACUUUUAUUGGUAAUUGACACCUACUAAUGACAUUCCACUUCAUAUUUGCCAUUUAACUUCACCAAUGAGCAAAAAUCUAAGUUUUAACAAAAAAAACACUCUUAGCUGAAUGCUCCAAUUCAACAAGGUAACUAAAGUAAAACCUUCCUAAUUGUCUUUUGUCUAAUGAAUGUGUACAGAUGUGUAUUUAAAUGUAUGCAGGAUAAAAUUUAAUGUCCAUGGCAUGUCCACUUAAAGAAGCAGUGUGUAAGAUUUAGCCAGCUCUAUGGCCAGAAAAAUAAUAUAACUCUCAUAUUUUUAUAAGAAUCACUGUUUUUGUUAGCUUAGAACAAGCCCCUUGUAUCCACAUAGGAAGCGGGUCCUCUUGCACGGGACCCACCAUGUUUCUACGGUAGCCCAGAACGGAUAACGCAAACACUGUCACCUAGAGAGGCCUUUCACGUUUUUCAUAAGCCCUGUUUCCACUGCAGAAACUUCAGGGUAAUUUUACGGGGCCGUUGGUGUGUGUCUCCAUAGCAGGAACCCCCCCCCCGAAAGGACAAUCUCCCAGAAUUGUUAUGGGGGCUAACCGAGUCCCUGCCCUUCCUGUAAAUGUCCUGCUUCCUAAAUUUUACCAGGAACUUCCUUAGUGGAAACGGGGUUUCUUCUACACAUGUGAUGGGGGAGUGGUAUUCAGGUGUUUGCAGUCUCCAACCUCACCACUAGAAGCCAUUAAAUCCAACACACUGGUCCUUUAAGCUAUUUAAUAUCUUGGGUUUAAAUAAGAAAUAGUGAAAUUAACUUUUAUGGAAGACUGCAGUCUUUAUUAAUGUCAUGUUUCUUUAAUUUUAAGGUUCAGGAAAGAACUUCUUCACUGGAGUAUUGUCCCUGGUGCACCUCAAAGGGCCUGACCUAUGCUCUGCGCUCUUACCACAUCAAUCUCCAGGAGUCAAUCACCCUCUGCACAAACCCGCAGUGCCUCUUCCCUUUGGUCAGCCGGCCUUUGGAGGAUGUCUUGGCUAACUUGGUUCCUGUGGAGCCUGCUGUUGGAAACAAAAGAAAAAAUUCAUUGGAAAAUAAAGAGGUGAUUAAACUCCCACCCAAACGUCUGCGACCAAGUGAACCUGACAGUCCUGUGCCAAAAAAUGCCACUGACACACAUCUCAGCCAAGGAGAGCCUGGUGCUGUAAAUGGUCAACAUGCAGCAACCAAGACAGACAGUGGAAAGGUAAAUGGAUACCACAGUGACUGUCCAGUUGCAGAGACAGAAGGAUGGGAUUCACCACAAGAUGAAGAUGUUCAGGAAGGGAAAUCAGAGAAAGCUGCCUGUACCGAAAGUCUUGCUUCUCCUGCAGCCUCAGUUGGACACCUGCAGUGCACUUCAGAAGCUUUGUUGGCCGCUGAUGAGGAAGAGCCAGCGCGCUCUCCUCAUUGUGGUACAUCAGAGGCAGAGGAAGACUUGAGGCAGGUAAAGAGUACUCCUGAGGUGCCAAACAAGCGCUGCUGUCUGGAAUCCAAUCAGUCUGGCUUCCUAAAUGUGGACAUCUAUUCAACUGAAACGCCAUCGCCUCAGCAGAACGAAAAGACAGCAAAGACAGAGCAGAAAUCAACGACUGCACACAUCACCACAAGUACGGAUGUAUUAAGUGUUAAAUCAGAAUAUUUGCACUCUACCUCAAUAACGGAGUCAGAGGAGCUUGUAUCGGUUCUCGGUCAGCCUUUCUGGAGGAACAAAGACAGCCUGUGUUGGCUGGACGCUCUGCUUGUUGCUUUAGUGAACUGUAAGAGCUUAAAAACAAGUAUACCUAAAGAUGAACCUCAGCACUCAUCUGUGUGGCAGCUGAUUAAAGGAUAUGAAGACGCUCUCGCCGUCAUCAAAGUCCACCAGCAGACAGACAGGGAUGGUGUUGUGAAGGUGCCAAAUCACGUGCUGGAAAUGACCCAUUCAGAUCUACAGAGUCUGAGGAUUUCACUCUUCAAACUACUGCAGCCAAAGCUACACUGCAAACUGGGUCAGAGGGAAAGUCCUGUGUUUGCCAUGCCACUUCUGCUCACGAUGGACUCUUGGGUGGAGCCUCUCUUUCAGUCGACAUUUGAUUGGGAGUUCAAGUGCAGCGAAUGCAAAGCGUACACGAAAGAAAGGUUGACGAAAACUCUCCCCUCUUUCACAAACAUUGUGCCUGAUUGGCAUCCACUUCAUGCAGUUCACUUGGCCCCGUGCAAUGUGUGCCGCAAGAAGAAUCAGAGCCGGACUUUGAUACUGGAGAGAGUACCUCCAGUGUUUGCACUGCACUUUGUUGAGGGUCUUCCCAACAAUGACGUCUCAAUCUACACCUUCAACUUCAAGGGGACAUGCUACUCAGUCACUACAGUCAUACAGUACAACCAUCAUCUGAAGCACUUUGUCACCUGGAUUUGUCAGUCUGAUGGGUCCUGGCUGGAAUUUGACGACUUGAAAUAUCCUGAUUGUAAAACUCAUCGAAAGCUACCGGUUCCUGCUCGGGAGAUGCAUAUAGUCUUCUGGGAAGAGGAUAAAGAACCUCGUGCCUGUUCUCCCUCCAUAACAUCUGCAAAAUCUUCCCCAUCCAAACAUGGGAUGAACGGGACUGGAUCCGACUUAAUAGCAGAUGAACAUUUGACUUGCACUCCAGAUCAGUCUCUUCUCAUCUCGCAUAAUGACACUGACAUUGUCUGUGCACUCUCUGGCGACAGCAGUAACGUCAUAGACACAACAGUUACAGCUGGUGUUGAUACAUCGAUCGGUUCCACAACACUGCUCGACACCUUUGAGGGCCUCACACACAAUGACAUUAUCACUCUCACGCUGGUGGAAUUAAAAGCAGAUUCAGAAAUGCAGCCUUUGAAUGACGAUGAACAAACUCAGGAUCCCUGUGUUCCCAGUACGAAUGAAGCACCAGAUAGCUCCUCUGUUGUAUUCGCUAGUGAAACCUCUCACAGCGGUGACAUCGAUUUCCCCGUCACCUCCAACUCAUCUGAACCUGAAACUGACGAUGGCUCAUCCAGUGAUCCCACAUUUGUGCCCGGUGCCAUGAGAGGACAAGGGACAGACAAAGGCAAACCAGUCAGCAAACAACAAAAAAGAAAAAUGUCAGCCAGUACAAAAGCAGCUCCACCUGUUUCGCCACUUGAGGCCUCAGAAGAAAACAAACGUGUGGAUGCGGCUGCUCAAGAUAACACACCACCUGUCGAAACGACACAGCAAGUGUCCCCUGUAUCGUCUACUGGUACCUCAACACUGUCCACCAGUCCCACGACCCAGCCUUCACUGGUUCAGAAUGCACGCUGGUCUUUCAUGCUCAGCAGACACCCACUAAAUCAUGUUCAAAAGUCCAUUGCUAAACUUGUCCCAAUGCCCCCACCCACACCCACUGCAGUCACAAAAUUAAAGCCCACUCAUCCCACUCACUCGACCCCCAACCCAGUGAGAAAACAGCAGACACCUGACGUACUCUUCCCUAAACCACAGCUCAGGACAGAGGACAGUGAGAGUCUCCCGCUGAAAGCUGCAGAAAUGUACUGUGCAUUCAGAUCAAAGACCUCAAACACCCCAAAUCUACUCCCAUCACCCGGACUUCUUAAUGGCAAAGCAAAGCUUCUUCAGCCCAUCACUUCUGACUGUCAGAAAUCUCUAACAAGCACUACAGCAGUGUCCAGUGUAUCACUUCCUGCUCUUGGAGUCAAGAGACAUCUUGAAAUAUCCUCCACAAAGAAACAAAAAAGCCACACCUCAAAGCUUCCUCCAGGUCUCAGCGAAACCGAAAUCCUCAGGUACAAGCUGAUGAAGAAAUUAAAGGCAAAGAAGAAGAAGCUUGCUAAGCUGGAUGCACUGUUAGGUCAUCAGGGGGGAACCAGCCGACCAGACAGCACUGAUCUUAGCUCUCCUAACACUGUCACCUCCAGCACCUACGAUGGCUCUAACUGCGACGAGAUCCUAUCAGACUUGCUCUCGCCUGCAACAACAGCCAGCAACCUGUCACCAGACAGCACCGGCUUCCUAGAGAUGCUCGCCAACGGGCAAGAUGGAGUCGAACGCCCGGACUGUGGGCUUUAUACUACUGUCGAAGUGCCACAGACGAACACCGUAACGAAUGCACCCAACGCUGAAAAUUUCCUGGAUGAGUUUCUCACGCAGGCUGAGAUGGAGACAGAGGCACUCGAUGAACUUGAACUUUUCUUUUAAGCUAUGGGGGUGGAUGUCGGCUGCAACCUCCAAACACAGAAGAUAUUAACCAUCCUUUUUUUAGGAAAUUAUGCAAAAUUGAGGAGUUUUUACCAAUAAACACCUCAUCUGUAAGGCAAGCAUGUCAGUCCUGAGCAGCUUGUUCCACUUACAGAUACAGUUUGUAAAUCAGAAGUAUCUUUGUGUAUAAAGAGGUUAAUGAAGUUUGAAAGCAUGUCCACCAUGUUGGAAACUGUGUGUUGAACCAUGGCUUAAAUUUGUAAACUGCAAACAGUUAUUUUUUUCUGCAACUUCGGCACUUUAUGUGUAUACUGUUUGCAACUGACAUCAUAUUUACAGUCAAAGCUGUUAUUUUGUCACUUUGCUUGAACAUCCUCAUGGAAUAUUUUUUUGUAGUUAUUUAAUAAAUACUUCAGAUGGCUAACAUUUGUUGUACAAAUGUGAGAAUGAUUGAUUUGAAACUCAACUGUAAGAAAGUGUAUGUACGUUUAUGUUCACCUCAACAAGCUUCUUGGUAGGGGAAUAAAAUAUUUAUAUUUUC